AUGUUGUCUUCCGCUUUCCCUCUCUGUCUUUUCGCGCUCCUGCAAGCAGCUUGUCCAGCUCACGCAUCCUCCAUCUUGUUCAACUACGGCACGAUCCUCGCCUUCGACCACCAAGUAAACGAUCUCAGCGUUAUCAGAAAUGGCAGCCUUCUGGUUGAUAACGACCGGAUCACAGCCAUAUGGCCAGCCUCUGAGGCACCCCCAGUAGCCAUCCCGCCAAAGACCAAACUCAUUGACGUCUCAGGGAGGAUUCUCACGCCAGGCUUUGUCGACACGCACAGGCACGGCUGGCAGACUAUCUUCAAAACCAUGAUGUCCAACAUCACCCUUGUCGAAUACUUUGGCCGCUUUUCCGAGUAUGCUUCCGCUGGGCGCCUCGACUCCGAGCAGGUUUAUAUCAGUCAACUAGCCGGUCUCUAUGAGGCGCUCAGUGCAGGUACGACCACUUCUUUGGACCAUGCUCACCAUACCUGGUCGGACGAUACGGCAUGGGCGGGGUUGAAUGCUAGCAUUCAUAGCGGAGCGCGAGUGUUCUGGGCAUAUGCCUUUCACGAAGUUGCCAACUAUACUAUUGCCCAGCAAGUUGUUAAUUUUCGCAAUAUUGCAAAAUCGGCUCCCGUGGAUAAAACACCCGUCAGCAUCGGCGUGGCUUUUGAUGGUUUCAGUCCUGCUACUGCCGAUCCAAAAUCGGUAGCUUCGGUGUUCGGCCUUGCAAGAGACCUUGACGUUGCCGUUAUCACCACGCAUAGCAGUGGAGGCCCAUAUGGAGAGCUACACGCUCUCAACAUGCUCAACACAAGUAUUCCGGUUGUCUUUUCCCACUCUACACACAUCACCCACGAAAGCGCCAUGCUGCUACGCAGCACCAAUCAGUACAUCUCUAUUACGCCAGAGACUGAAAUGGGGAUGGGAAUCGGACACCCGCACAGCGCGUUCAUCAUGGACCAGGCUGCGCUUGGUGUUGAUACUCACGCCUACGUCUCGACGGAUUUAGUGAGUCAAGCUCGCCUGUGGCUUCAAAGCACGCGCGAAAAGAUCAACAACCAGCUACUGGAGAACUGGGAGAUCCCGGCGACGACCCCUAUGAGCGCUGCUCAAGCUUUUCUUCUUAUCACACGAAGCGGCGGGCUCGCUCUUCGUCGCCCAGACCUUGGCGUGCUGAGUAUUGGGGCCAAGGCCGACAUUGUCGUCUGGGAUGCUACUGGCCCUAGUAUGCUUGGCUGGCUGGACCCUGUUGCCGCUGUCAUCCUUCACUCUAACCCUGGCGAUGUGGAGCAUGUGCUCGUAGACGGGAAGUUUGUCAAGCGUAAUCACAAGCUGACUGCUAAGGAUCUGGGCGGCGUCAAAGCGCGCUUCCUGAAAGCAGCCCGGCGGGCACAGAACGAUUGGCGUGAGAUUCCUUACCCGGAGAAACAAGAGUUCUUCUCGACAGGGGCCAGGCUUCGGGACCCUGACCGUGUCGAUGUUCAAGCGGGAAAUGGCACAGGUUAUGGUCGACUAUAUCUAUGA